CCGACAACAUCUCCGACAAUUCAGGAAUCAAAUCCAGUUCUCUUUUAAGUGUUCGAUGUGGGAGAGGCAUAUGAAUCGCGCUUUUCACUCAAUGGCAAUUCCCAAGAACUCAAAGGAUGUAUUCGGCUGUUUCUUUAUCUGCUGUCAUGUCAUCAACUAUUAUUUUCGGUAUUUUCAUUUGUAUUUGUUUAAACUUAAAAUUAGGUUUUUACAGAGAUGGGAUGGGAGAAGAAUGGUUCUCCAUGGUUUUGGGAAGUGACGUUUUUGAGAGGGAGAGAGAGAAUAGAAAAGCAAAUAAAGAAAAGAAGAAAUGUCCACUCAAAAUUUCCACCCCCUUCUUCUCGCAGAGUUCGUCGGAGAUUUCACAUUCGUCAUUGAUUCCGGUGGCCUGAAUUCUCUUCUCUGUCUCCCUUUCUCUUUCUUCUUGAUUUAUCUCUCAUUCUUCAAUUUUUUUUUUUGGCCCUUUAUCGUGGGUCCUUCAAUCCCUUGAAGGACCCGCCAUUUCCGACAACGAAAAAAAUCUCUCCUUUUUUUUUUUCCUAUUACCUUUUCGCAUGCAAGCCAUCAUGAACUGUUUCCCUUGUUUCUCUUCGCAAAAGAGCAGGAAUCCUCCCAGCAAGCAGGAUCUUGAAUCUGAAGACAACAAUGUGAUCGAGCCCAGACCACCGGGUAACAAGGUUGAGACAGAGAAGACAGAGAAUAUAAGAACGAACGUGAAAACAUUCACGUUUCGUGAGUUAGCAACUGCCACGAGAAAUUUCAGACAAGAAUGCUUGUUGGGGGAAGGUGGAUUCGGAAGGGUUUACAAAGGCACCCUUCAAUCUACUGGACAGGUGGUGGCAGUGAAGCAGCUAGACAGGCAUGGAUUUCUGGAUGGGAACAAAGAGUUUCAAGCAGAGGUUUCAACGAUAAGUCUACUUGAACAUCCGAAUCUUGUCAAGCUUGUAGGCUAUUGUGCUGAUGGAGACCAAAGGCUUUUGGUCUAUGAAUUUGUCUCUGAAGGUUCUCUUCAUGACCAUCUUCAUGAUCCAAAGGCAAACCAGAAGGCAAUGGACUGGAUAGUGAGGAUGAAAAUAGCGUUUGGGGCAGCACAAGGGCUGGAUUACUUGCACGAUAAAGUGAAUCCACCGGUUGUGUACCAAGAUUUGAAAGCUUCAAAUAUAUUACUGGACGAAGAGUUCAACCCAAAGCUCUGUGACAUUGGUUUGCAUAAACUAGGGCCGGGCUCCACUGACAAGAUGGCUCUUUCUUCCAGAGUAAUGGGAACGUAUGGUUACUGUGCUCCUGAGUAUUCUCGUGGGGAUAAUCUCACUAUCAAAUCUGACGUCUAUAGCUUCGGAGUUGUUCUUCUCGAGCUCAUCACCGGUAGAAAGGCUGUUGACACUACCAAGCCUAUUGAUGAACAGAAUCUAGUUUCGUGGGCACAACCCAUAUUUAGAGAUCCGAAACUAUACCCGAACAUGGCGGAUCCACUACUAAGGAAGAAGUUCCCAGAAAGAGGAUUGAACCAAGCAGUGGCAAUAGCAUCAAUGUGUCUGCAAGAAGAAGCGGGUGCACGUCCAUUGAUAAGCGAUGUAAUGGUGGCACUUAGCUUCCUUUCCAUGUCUACAGAAGAUGGUAUUCCCACUGCAGUUCCCAUCUUGUCUUUUAGGGACAAGAGUAUGUCCCUUGCCUUGAGCCGUCACGAUUCCUGCUCUGUAACUCCUCAUUACCCUCCAGAUCCUUCCAAGGAAGAUGACAAGUCCAGUCAUGACUCAGAUGAUUCAGAUGACGAUGAUGAUGACGACGAGCCUUCUCUCCACCACACCCAGGACAACAUUCAGACAGCGAGUAAACAUAAACAGAGCGGAACGGACUCAGAUGAUGAUGAUGGGUCUGAUUCCCAUUCCGACAGUGAUGAGUCUGAACAAGAAGAAGACCCAGAAGUCAAUCUUGGAAAGAGCGGAGAAUCUUGUGAUCACUUGAGAAGAUCGGCCGAUGACAUAAACACGGAGGCGCAGAGCUUGAGGAUCAAGUACAGUUAUAGUUCGGAGGAAGAGAAUGGACGGCUGAGCAACAAAAGCAGCAGGAAAUCGAAUGAGGAAAGCACUUCUUCCUCUCAGUAUGAUAGUGACAGAGAGGAGGAUUCUCUGAGGAAAGCGAGUCUUCGAACCAGCAGCAAUGGCGAGAAUGCUCAACUUGAUCAGACGCAUAGCUCUAAAUCUAACCGAGAAAGCGUUUAUUCUGAUGAUGAUGAUGAUGAUGACGAGGAAGAUGGCUCUCUGAUGCAUCGGAGCGAAUCAGAGGGAAGAACUGCUUCUUCUUCUCUUCUGGACUGAGUCUGAAACUACAUGGUUGGACGCCAUUGUUGAAGCUUGAAACUACACACACACACGCACAUAUAUGUACACUCACACACACAUACAGACACGAGAGGAUUGAAAAAAAAAAUCUUUUGAAACAUAAAAUCUAGAGAGAUUGAGACACAGAUGGGCUUUUAUUCUGAAAUCUGAAACAAGUUUCCCUUGUCAAGAAAAAACUAUUGUCCGCCUUUUCUUCUCUAGUUAUGUCUGAUUCACAGGAGAAAACAUACGGAGCAUCUUGUUGUAA